UGACCCACCCCCUUCCCUGAGUAGACCAACGUGUACAGACAGCGAUUUUUGUUUUGUUGCGGAGGACGAGGGAGUAUCUAGCAAGCCUGCAUCGCAGAACAGAACUUUCCAACCAAAACCAUGGCAGACCCAGAGGAGAUGGAGGAGAUACCGAUGUCUGCAGUGAAAGAAUUCCUCCUGACCUUCAUGCCAGAAAAGUGUUAUGACCAGUUUUUUCUUCAUUUCAACUUCGCGCACGUGCCCUGUCUGAGGAUUGUGUUGAGCAAAUGUAUGGGACUAUGGAUUAUGGUGGGGUCUGUUUUUGCUCUGCUUCCCCAGAUAUGGAAGGUGCUGAGGGCUGGGAGUGCAGAUGGACUGAGCCUCACCUCCACAAUACUCAGCCUCUACUCCGCCUCUGGCUACGUUGCUUACUGUAUCUCUCAAGGCUUUCCAAUCGGGGCCUGGGGAGAGAGCCUGUUUAUACUGACCCAGGUCAUACUCCUCAACUUCCUCAUUCUUCAUUACAGUGGACAAACUGUUAGAGCUUUGCUGUUCCUGAUGCUGUAUUGUGCCGUCAUGUAUGUGUUGACGUCAGCGUUGGUCCCCCAGAAAGCCAUCGCUGUUGUCCAGGACUCCGGUGUGCUGGCCAUCAUUGCUAGUAGGCUCAUCCAGGCGGGCAGCAAUUACCUGAGCAAGCACACAGGCCAGCUAUCCACCGCGUCUGUCAUCCUGGUCUUCAUAGGGGCCCUGGCUCAUAUCUUCGUCUCCCUACAGGAGACGGGACAGUCGCUGUCCUCUCUGACCCAGGUCCUGGCGUGUUUGUGCAGUGGCGUCCUGGUCUUCCAAAUGUUUCAUUACGGGAAGGCCCCCCUCCCUGCCAAAGAGAAAUCCGAGUAGAUGUUAGUAGAUGUUACAGGCGACCACCAAGCCCAAUGUCAUGUAAUACUCAUGUACGUAGUGCCGUGGGCCAACCCAAAUAGCCCCCUUAUUGCAUUCCAAAGGGCUUCUUCCCUAGCUGGGGGUGAUGCUGUCUAUACUGUUACUUUUUUGUAGCUAAAGCCAUACGUUUACACUCUAUUCUCUGGAUAAAAAAUAUAAUCCCAGAUGAGUAGUCCAGUGAGCUGGUUCAUAGAGCAAAAUAAGUAGUUUAAGUGAAAAGGUUUUUUUUCAAGAAUCUGUGGUAUCAAUGUGAAAUGUCUCGCAUCUACUCAGGGCAUUGUCUCACUUUUAAAUCCAUCAGAUGUUCAAUGCCUUUUCAACAAUGCAUGUGUCCUUUUUGUAAAUGUGAACGUGAAGUGUGGUCACUUCACACUUUCAAGUGUGCGUGUUAUUGUUAAAGGUGCACUGUGUAGGAUUGUGGCCUAUAUAUUUGAUUUUCACAGAUCUAAGUAAUAAAUAAAAAAUGUACUUGUGUGGGCAAUGUGCAGUGUGCCUUUAAAAAUGUCUAUUUCUGGAAAUUCUAAAUGACGGACAUGUAGAAGAUCCACCUUUUCAUGUAUGAAAAGUGCAAUUUUCCCAGUCAUAAUGAAUGCUUAGAAUUUGAUGGUGGUGGUAAGUAUUUCUGAAAAAGGUAACAUUUUGAAUGGGCAGCAUAAAUGCUGGAAAUAAACGUCCGAAAACAUUACACAGUGCACCUUUAAACCCAUGAGUUACUGCAUGUUCUUCUCCUUAGCAGCCCCUAGAGGGCAGCAGUCAUUCAUCCUUUGCUGGAUCCACACCUCUGAUGAGUUCCAUUGUAGAGACAUGUAUGUUUUCUGUCACAAGUGUGUUGUUGAAUGUCUUCAUUUUUUGUUAAGCAUAGGCCGUGGCUUUGCUAGUCUCUGUUUAAGCAGUCACUCGUCUCUAACAAGAGUAAUUAUUAAUGGGACCAACGCUGUGUUGCAUUUUCUCUGUGUAUGGAAAUCACUGUGAUGUGUGGAGUGUUCUGAAGUGCCCUUCAUUCUUAGCUCAUUGUGUGGUUUGCAAUAUUCCCUUUGCAUCUCUUUGGUUGAUCAAACAACAUUGUUACCUCCUCAGACCAUAUUCUGCCUCGAUUAGGAUUUCAAAUAAAUUCAAUGUGAAUCUAA